GACGAGAUCACAAGACUAAGCAUAGACAACACUUUUAUCAACCAACUUGUCUUCUGUCAUCAGGUGAUUGGGAGUGAGGAAUUCAGAAAAGGGAUAAAUUCGUAAAUCAAUAUGUCUGGGAAAGAUAAACUACAAAUUUUCCCUUCUCGGGGAGCUCAAAUGUUGAUAAAGGCCCGUCUGGCCGGAGCAGUUAAGGGCCACGGUCUCCUCAAGAAAAAGGCUGAUGCCUUGCAAGUGAGGUUCCGUAUGAUCUUGGGAAAAAUCAUUGAGACAAAGACCCUUAUGGGUGAAGUAAUGAAGGAAGCAGCGUUCUCCCUGGCUGAGGCAAAGUUCACCACAGGAGACUUCAACCAAGUGGUGCUCCAGAAUGUGACCAAGGCACAGAUCAAGAUCCGAUCCAAGAAAGACAAUGUUGCUGGUGUUACACUGCCAAUCUUCGAGUCGUACCAAGAUGGCUCCGACACUUACGAGCUAGCGGGUCUCGCGCGAGGUGGUCAGCAACUCGCCAAGCUGAAGAAGAACUUCCAGAGCGCUGUCAAACUGUUGGUCGAGCUCGCGUCUCUCCAGACCUCCUUUGUGACUUUAGACGAAGUUAUCAAGAUCACUAACAGGCGUGUCAAUGCUAUUGAGCAUGUGAUCAUCCCGCGUCUGGAGCGCACUCUGGCGUACAUUAUCUCUGAGCUUGACGAGCUCGAGCGUGAGGAGUUCUACCGGCUCAAGAAGAUCCAGGACAAGAAGAAGAUCAUCAAGGACAAAGCGGAAGCGAAAAAGAAAGAGCUCCUAGCGGCGGGCCGGGGUCUGGACCUCGGCGACGGUGGCACCAACCUGCUUGAUGAGGGCGAUGAAGACAUCGUGUUCUAAACUAUCACUGACCGGUUAUACCACUCAUUGACGCCAUUUUGUUGAGGACUACUUACUGAGGUGUAGCGAGUUUAGACACUAACCCCCUUAUUUGCGUAACUUCAAUUGAAUAGUGAAGUUUUUUGUCCCUUUCUGUCAUGUUGACACAAAAACAUAGUGAGAAAGGGACAAAACACUUUAACUAAUCAGUUCAGUAACUUUUUUAUGUAUAAGGAGGUUAGCUAGCUGCAUGGUUGUAUUUUUAUCACCUACCACUAUGUCUGUCACGUUCUAACUAGCACGAAAGUGAUAGAUGAUAUAGAAUACAACUAUGACACCGCUGAAUGACAGAGUGCGACAAUGUCAUAUUCAAGUAUGACUAAUAUGACUAUUAUGACAUUCUCACACUUUGCUUGAUUUUCAAGUCGGUCCAAAGACAGAAUCAAAGUCUCGACAUAAUCUUGAAGGCAGCUUUCUUACAAGUUGUCCUUGAAACCUCUAUCUUUAUGUAAAGUGGAGCAUCUGUGGAAUUCUAUCAAUAUUGGUCUGCUUUAUGCUCAAUAAUUAGCUUCAAGAAAAUUGCCUCUGUGAUUGGUAAAACCUGUUUAUAGGCUGGUUUAAUUGUUGGAAUAUUUAACAGAAUAUAUUUACUGAUAAUCAGCCUAUUAUGGUUAUAACAGAAAAGCACUGCAGAUGUCCUGUAAUGGCUUCUCAGGCCUACCAGGUCGAUAGUAUUGUAUGUCUAGUGACAAAUUGUUAGUAGUUACAGUCAAGUGUCUGAAAAAACUUCCAGUAUUACCUUAAAAAUGACCUUUUUUCAUUAACCCUUUGAACGAAAAAAAAACUCGUCAUACACACCAAGGUCACAUGCCAAAGUCAUCGUCUUUAAGCGUUCUUGGCGUUCAAAAGGUUAAUAACCUCACUUUCCCAGACACCAUAAAAUUUCAGUUUCGACACUUGACUGUUUUUCAAAUGUUUAUGAAUUGAUAUUAACAGCCUAUAUGGUGUUUCAUUGUAAAUAAUGUUAUCCUCUUCCACAAAAAAAUACCCCUAUAUGGUCUAUAUACCCCCCUACCUUCCAAUAUGGUCCUUCAGUGGCAAAUUGGCAAUCUGAUUGGUACACAAAGAUUGUAAGCAUUCCAUGCAUUAUUUCAACUAUGGCUUUUAGAAUGCUGUUAAAGUAUAAAGCAGUAUAAGUACACCCAUUUUAUUAUUUAUAGUUUUUGAUUUGUUGUUUAAUGGUCGUUUAAGUGUAAGCAAUCAUGUAAAUACAAGUUUGUGAUGCGAAAUAUUAAAUAUUAUUAUUGAUCGAA